UUGACUGUGAUCUUAUUUUCCUGUGUGGAAUUACAGGCAGUUGCUGCCAUGCUCCCUUAUGAUUCUGAUAUUUUAUGGUUUUCUAUUGUUGAUUUAAAAUGUAUUUUUUUUCUUUAGUAGCGCCUGCUGUUACUAUUGAAGACUGCAUGAACAGGCUUUCCUGCAGACCGGAUACUUUUUUAGUGCGUAUGCGACUAAAAAAGGAUGGUGACUUCAAUUUUAAAUCCAAGAAUGUUCCAGAACAACACUUAAUGAAGCGAAGAACUAUUUCUCAACAACCAACAAGGACUAUUUCUCAACAAGCAAUCUUCUCUACAAGGAAGAAUCUGAAAACGACAUAUGGUACUGUGAGAACAGGAAAUAUAACUUUGCUUGAGGGCAGCAGUUCUGACAGCGAAAAUGAAGAUGGGGUUAAAAUCCAUCCUGAAAUCAUCAAUAGUCAGCCUCGUCGACCUACACACCCUGGUCUGAAACCUUCCCUCAAUCCUAUAGUGAACCCUGGUGUUACAAAGGAGGAAGCAACAAAACCAUCAACUGGAAAAAACAAAAAUGAUACGUCAUCAUCAGGAUCGGAAGAGGAAGAUACAGGAUCAUCCCGUAGUUCUAAGAGUAUCUCCAAGAAUCUUCUCCAGAAGCAUGGUGGUCAUUCAUCUGGGGCUGCUGAUCAGCAGAGGAAAAAUGCAGUAAAUGGAAAUGUAGAUGAACAAGACUUAAAAUUGAUAUCAGAGAGAGAGCAAGACAGGCUUCAAGGAUGUGAAAGUAACCAGCCACAGGUUGCAGAAAAAAUGAGAAAGUGCAGAAAUAAGAAAAUGGAAGUGUCAAGAAACCUACAUGCUGAUGACAGUGACAGUGAUGAUGAUGAUGAUGAAUUAAUUCAAGAAAGAAGGGGCAGAAAAUCUGAUAAUCAUCAAUGUCCCAGGCAGAAGAGUGAAGAGUACAAUAGGCUUGCAAGGAAAACCUCUAAUGAAAAGAACAAGGUUAAAAGAGAUCUAUAUUCCAAGGAUGACCUCAAUGACAUAAUUUGGUCACCUGAAACAUCCUCAGAGGAUGAUGACUUGCCUUAUUCCAGUGAUAAAAACUUUAUGUUAUUCAUUGAACAACAUGGAAUGGAGCAUAAAGGUAGGACCAACGCAUAAAUAUAAGGCUUUUUCCCUAUCCUAUAGUAAUGUAUGCACACAUUGCUUAGCACCGUACCAUAGAUCACUGAUGUGUUACAGGGAUGUUCAUCUCAGAAAUGUGCCUUUACCCAGGGUCAGGUUGUCAUUAUCUCAUACCUUGAAUACUGUGAUAAACUUAUAACUCUUUUCCCUACUUCCCCACCUUCCAAAACCAUGGUCUAUUCUGCAACCAUAAUUAUAUACAUUUUUAAAAUUUGCAUCUGAUCGUGUUACCCGAUUGCUUAACACCCAGCUGCAACUUGUCAUUGCUAUAAGGUAAAGAUGACAAUGCUCUAGCUUUAUAUUACUUCAUUUCAUACCCUUGUUUCUGUCUGUGUCACAGCCAGUGCCCAGGUGUUUGCUCCUACAAUCCUUAGCUUUAGUGAAAUAUAGUUGAUAUAUGUUAAAGUGCACAUAUGUAAGAUGUACAAUUUAGCAAGUUUUGACAGGUGUAUACACCUGUAAAACUGUCACCAUAAUCAACACAGUUAUCAUAUCCAUCACCCACAAAAGUGUCCUUUGCUGCCUUAUGUUCCCUUUUUAGAAAAACUGCUAAAUUAUUUUCCAAAAGAUGUGUACCAUUUUGUAUUGUCAUCAGCAGAACAGGACGGUUGCAGUUGCUAAAUUGUUACACUAAGUACUGCAGUAUUUAUUUGUAGCCAUUCUCAUGGAUGUGGUUACUGUGCAUGAUCCUAAUGACUAAACAUGUUAAACAUCUUUCUAUGGUUUUAUUUGCCAUCUGUAUAUCCUCUUUGGUGAACUAUGUUUUCAAAUCUUUUUCCAUUUACAAAAUUAGAUUGAUGUUUUCUUGCUUGUUGAAUUUUAAUAGUUCUGGAUACUAUUACUUUACAAGAAUAUUUUUUCCAGUUUGUAGGUUGACUUUAUUAAUAGUGUCUUUUGAAGAGUUUUAAAUUUUGAAGAACUUAUUUAGUUACAGAGUUUGCAUUUUAUGUCGUAUCUAAGAAAACUUUGCCUAGCACAAGUAAUUUUCUCAAAAAUUUUAUUCUGUGCGUCAUUCUAGAGGUCUUAUAGUUCUGGGUCUUACAUUUAAAUGCAUGUUUCAU